GAGCUUUUGGCCAUGGUGGAAGGAAAGAGCAGGGCGGAAAUGAGCUCUGGAAAGUGGGAAGAGGGGGGUAUGUGGAGAGACCCAAGGCGGGAUCCAGGCUUUGGAACGUUGGAGGUUUCCGGCCACAGAGGCAGGGCCUUCUGGGAGCCAAAAGAGGCGGGGAGGACACACACAGAGGAGCAGAGACCAACGAACUGGACCGGCAGACAGAGAGGAGAGCUGGGAGAGGGACCAGGGACUAGUGAUCUCCCCACACUCCAGUCCCAAGAGACACCCCCCUCCCCAGAGAUAUUCCUUUGCGGCCUUGGGUGCUGCAGAGCCCAGCCUGAUGCAGGCAGCCUGGCUGCUCGGGGCCCUGGUGGUCCCUCAGCUCCUGGGCAUCAGCCAUGGGGCUAGGGGAGCAGACAGGGAGUGGGAGGGGGGCUGGGGAGGCGCCCAAGAGGAGGAGAGGGAGAGGGAGGCCCUGAUGCUAAAGCAUUUGCAGGAGGCCCUGGGGCUGCCUGCUGGGAGGGGGGACAAAAAUCCUGAGGGAACUCCUGAAGGCAAAGGGACCUGGAGCACUGAGGAAGACGGUCAGGGGGAGGAAGAGGAGGAAACAACGACAAGCCCCACCUUAGGCCCUAGCCCCUCUCCCACCCCUGAGGACACCGUCACUUAUAUCCUGGGCCGCCUGGCCGGCCUGGACGCAGGCCUGCACCAGCUGCAUGUCCGUCUGCACGCGUUGGACACCCGCAUGGUCGAGUUGACUAAGGGGCUGCGGCAGCUGCGGGAGGCGGCGGGCGACACCCGCGACGCCGUGCAAGCCCUGCAGGAGGCGCAGAGCCGCGCGGAGCGCGAGCAUGGCCGCUUAGAGGGCUGCCUAAAGGGGCUGCGCCUCGGCCACAAGUGCUUCCUGCUCUCGCGCGACUUCGAGGCUCAGGCGGCGGCGCAGGCGCGGUGCACGGCGCGGGGAGGGAGCCUGGCCCAGCCGGCGGACCGCCAGCAGAUGGAGGCGCUCACCCGCUACCUGCGCGCGGCGCUCGCUCCCUACAACUGGCCGGUGUGGCUGGGCGUGCACGACCGGCGCGCCGAGGGACUAUACCUCUUCGAGAACGGCCAGCGCGUGUCCUUCUUCGCCUGGCACCGCGCGCCCAGUCCGGAGCCCGGUGCCGGGCCCAGCACCGCGCCACACCCGCUCAGCCCCAACCAGCCCAACGGCGGCACUCUCGAGAACUGCGUGGCGCAGGCCUCGGAUGACGGCUCCUGGUGGGACCACGACUGCGAACGCCGCCUCUACUACGUCUGCGAGUACCCCUUCUAACGGGGCCGGUCCUCGUCUCUCCAGUCCAUCCCACCACUCCCCCUUUGGCUGGGUGGUUCAUCAUUCUAGAACGCCCUUUCCCUACCCUGUCUCUCUGCCCGUGGGUGGAAGCGUGUUCCCCCCUGGCUGGGUGAUCCGGGGAGUGGGGGGCCUUCCGCGGGCCCGAGAGCCCUGACUUGCCUGUGUCUUUCUUGAGAGCGGCGGGCACCAGGCUAAGUCCGCUGCCACUAAAAACGUGUGGAAUCUGA